UUACGCACAUAUUCAUUCGGCAUUUAGGUGUUGUUGUUCCUUCUUUUUUCUUCCUCCGUUCUAUCCCUUCUUCUUCCCAGAUCCAGCUCGUUGCUCGUCCAGGCGCUGGCCGGGGCUACAUUACGACGCGGAGCUGAUUGAGCGGCGCUUCUAGGAGGUGGAUUUCGAGCUUCUCGCGAGGUUUCGAGGGAUUUCCGGCCUGCAUUCUUCGUCUUCGUUGCCGCGGAUUGCCGGAGGUAGCAGGCGCGCUGGCGGGGGCGAAAUAUCGAUCCUCGGCUAGAGAAAUUUCUCAGAGAUGUACAAGAACCAGCUCCAGGAAUUAGCGCAGAGGAGCUGCUUCAAUUUGCCGGCGUAUUCGUGUAUCAGGGAAGGCCCUGAUCAUGCGCCGCGAUUCAAGGCGGCCGUGAACUUCAAUGGCGAGGUUUUUGAGAGCCCAAAUUACUGUAGCACACUGAGGCAGGCCGAGCAUGCCGCCGCGGAGCUUGCUCUCAAUGUUCUCUCUCGACGAGGUCCUUCACAGUCUCUCGCUGCUCGGAUUUUGGAUGAAACGGGUGUUUUCAAGAAUCUCUUGCAAGAAACGGCCCAAAGGGCGAAUGUGCCAUUGCCAACGUACACUACCACCAGGUCUGGGCCUGGGCAUUUGCCGGUUUUUACAUGCGUCGUCGAGGUUGCCGGGAUGAACUUCACCGGGGACGCUGGGAAAACGAAGAAGCAAGCUGAAAAGAACGCUGCCAUGGCCGCGUGGGCGACGCUGAAGCAAUUUGCGAAGAAACUGGCUCCUCCAAGUUUGUUCUACUCAGACGAGAUGACCGAGGAUCAAGAGCAGAUCAGCAUAGCACGAGUUUUGUACCUUGCUUACGAGAAAGUUGGCGGCGGACAAGCUUCCAGACCGAGGCAGUAUACGGUGCCGUCCUUGUUCGACAAGGACUGCACUGUGGGAUACUUGGGCAGUCAGCAGCAGCAUCUAAGAUCUGGAGCAGGCUUUUGCUCGACGAACCCGCGUUCCUCGAAUCCGGAAGCGCUAGCGUUGCCCAGGGAUAUCAGAGCUUACGGCAUGACGCAUCCACGGGUCCGCACGAGGAACGUCCAGCUGACCCACGAAGUCCCUCCCCCUAUCGAAGAGCAUCGCCGAGACGAGGAAGAUUGGCUCCGUGGAGAGAGCAGCAGUAGCAGCAGCACCUGCGCCAGCAGCAGCAGGCCCAUGCCUGAGGAGCCUAAGCGGAGCUCUCGGAGCCCGAUGUUUUGGCCCCGGACGACCGACUCUCACUGGUGGCAGUCGGACAGCUCCUUGCUCUCGUCGGGCUAUCACUUGAGAAGACCACAGGUUUCGCUAGCUCCGCCGGUGAGAGUCCGCUCGGUGGUGGCCGUGAGUGCUGCUCCUCCUCAGCGAUCACAGCCGCAAGAGGCAGCGGAUCAGGAUGGUCUCAGCGAUGGACUCAGCCGGCUCAACCUCUAGCAACUUUCGAGAUCGGACUCGACUCAUCGCGCAGCUUGGAUUGGAUCGCAUGGCUGGUUCGUGGAGAUUUAGCUCGGAGGGACUACUACUGCCUCGAGUAAAAGCACCGAUCGGCAGCCGAGAAGAGGAGGCGAGAAUGCAUCACUUAUUGGAGCGGGGGCUACCGUAAUCAAUGAUUCAGCGUGGGAAUCCAUCUUCCGAGUUAAAGAGCAUGCUGACGAGCGGUGUAGGUGACCUCGUUUGGCUUCACGCUUUUAUUAAUGUGUGAUGCGGAAGACUAUAAGCCCAGGAAGGAGGAAAUCCUCGCGACUAAAUCGAUCGAAUCGAAUUGGAGAAGAAGAGAGAGAAUGAUCGAUCUUCGUUCGUCAUUGAUCGAUCGACGCAUCUAGUUUUCUCUUCUGCCAAAGCUAUGGUGUUGAUAAGAUUAAAACCCAAGGGUCAUGUUAUCUA